AUGACUACUCGUCGGGAGAAAGGGAUUUUCAAAAUGGCGGUGGCCCGCACAAGAGCGAUGGUUUCGGAGAGUUUUGAUAGCUUUGUGGCUCCUGUGAUCCAAAAAUCCGUUCCUAAUCACCUCUUGGAAACAAGUAAGAAUAUUAGAAAAUAGAAGAAAAUGAUUCUAGUCUUCCUAGGACAAAUGUUUGUUGGGAUUUUAACGGUGAUAUUUUUGACACUCAAACUUUGUUUCUGUAGAAAUUUAUGCCAAAGUUGGACAAAACUCGAUUGUGCAAGCCAGACCAUCGGUGAUUCACUUUGCUGGAUUUCAAGUUGGUAAAAAAACUACCCGAACCCUUGUAAGUAACAUAUUUUAUAUAUUUUUAGUUUAAUUUGCAUUUUAUUCAGUUAGAAGCAGAUUUCUUUCGUUGCUUGCAAUUUUACAUUGAAAGCUUAGCCCUGAUCAGCGAGAAUAUUCCUGAUUUUUUCCUCUAUUUUCAUUUGCCCUUAGAGAUUAGCAAAUGUUUCUGAUGAAAGCCAAAGAAUGCACAUCCUUCCACCAUCAACAAAGUAUUUUUACAUCAAAUACACAAAAAAGGUAAGCUUAUUAAUCAGCUUAGGUAAUUUUAUUUACUCAUCUUUCAAUAUUAAGCAUGACUGUGUUAUUCAUUGUUAUAUUUUAGAAAAAAAUAAUAUUUUUGUUAGGUGUACUGUAUGCAGGCCUGUAAUAGCCAAUAAGAACUACCCCCAGUGCAGCUUCUGUUGCACUUUGAGAUUUUGAUUUUUGAUCAUUUUGUUUUUGUUAUUUCAUAGGAAAAGCUUGUUCCUGGAAUGUUUAUUGAAGUGGUUGUUGAGUUUACCCCAGAUGAAUGGAGAUACUAUUAUGACUGCAUUCGAAUUCACACCAAGGUACAGUUUAAAUAAACCUUGUCUUGAAUGAGUACAAAUACAAUUUGCUGCCUUAAUUCUGAUGCUGUAGUUUCCAAAUGUAAUACAUGUACAAUGAAUGUUGUUGUCCAGGCCCCAGUUGUUCAAUAUUGGAUAGUACUGAUCCACUGGAUAAACCACCAUCCAGUGGCUGAGUAUUUUAGGGAUAGCACUAUCCGAUGUUUAAACAACCAGCACCUGGUUUUCAGGAACAAUGCAAUUUUUUCUGGUUUCAGUCACACCAAUGAUCAGAAAACGAGUCUAGAUGGGAAUUAACCCCCCCAAAAAGUGAACAUUGAAAAAUUAAACCUUGUGCUGACCUAAAACAAGAGCCCAACUUGCAUUCAUAAAUCAAGAAUUGGGUAGUUUAAUAUGCAUCAUUGUAUAAGUAAAUGGUGUUAUUCUCGACAAAGGGAAGUGAUAUUGUGGUCUCUGUGUUACUUUUCUUGUUUAAGGCAGAGGAAAACCUCGUAAUUCCUAUUCAUGCUUAUCCUGUGAUGAAUACAGACGGCUUUCCCAGAGAAGUUCACUUUCCUUUGGUUCCACUGGGUGAAAAGUAAGAUAAUAAGCAGAUGCUGUACAGUUAUGAUGUCUAUGUAUGACAUUAACUGUUAAUUAGAUGCUCAAGAAUUUCAUAAGGAUAACAUUUUAAUCAAGGGCAAGUCAUCGGGGAGAGCUAUGAAGCUCCUUUUUCCAACAAAACUACAGUUAUUUUGUAGGUCAAUUUUGUCAAAAUUAAAUUCAGGCUGAAGUUUUUCAAUUUUGGUUCAUUCUCAGCUUCCUUUGUCUCAGUUAACCCUAAUAAUAAAAUUAUUAUAGAGUUUCGAGGUAACAAGGCAAACUGAAAAGUAAACUAGGUUACAAAAUUUUGACUUGAAUUUCACUUUAAUUGACUUAUAAUAGAUACCAGUACAUGUAUAUACAAGAAUGGGAUUUGGCUCUUGUGUUUACAGUAACAUUAUGUAUUUCUUUUCCAGGAUCACCCAUGUGAUUCCUCUCAAGUGCAGUAUUCCUGUUGAUUUUGAGUUUACAUUGAGUCAUGUACAGACACACCCUGCUUUUUUAGUGGACCCUAUGUCAGGUAACAUGACAGUACCACUCAAUUAGAAGUUGAGCUUGUGUUAUGACUGUAUCUUGUCGUGAAAAAUCUAUGCUCUGCGAAUAAUAUUAUUAAGCAUAGCAAAAGUUACCCUGUGAGCAGAGGCUACAUUUUCACUGUUUGAGCUGUCAUGUGAAAAGUAGCCUCUGCUGACAACCGUUCAAAUCUGUCCAGAAAUCUGGACAAAUAAAUUAAAAAACCCGAGUUUUUUCUUGUUCUUGACUGGUUUAGAGCAUUGCAUGAGUCUUGUGUGAGUCUUCCUUAGCAGAUCAGAAUUGUCACAAUUUUUUUAUUCCAGUGAAACUCGUGUCAUUUGACAACAGACCUGACAAUUAAUUUGCUUGCGAAUCGCGAUGAUGAAUUUUGUGCAUGCACAAUUAUAGAAUAUUGAACAGUUGUCAGCAGAGGCUAGCUCACCCAGUGAAAAUGUAGCCUCUGCUCGCAGCGUAAGCAAAAGUUGUUAUCAUGAUAUAAAUUUUUGCGCUUCCUUUAGCUAAAAUAAAAUUAUAUAACAUGUAAGUGGCAUAUCUAGGGAAGGGCCCCUGCAGGUCCCCUUAUUUUUGACUACAUCUAGGGUAUUGUAGUUCAUUGGGCCUGUAUAAAGAAUCCCCACCUUCCUCAUCUCAAGCUCUGGAUCUCAGCUGUUGAUUUAUGUUAGCCAAAUGUUAAAAGCUGUGUUACUAUCCUUGAGGUAAACUAAAGAUGCAAUGUUUCUUUAUCACAUCUAUAUACUGCUGUAUAUGAAUAAUGAUAUAUUGUUAAAGUUUGCUGUUGUGGACUUAAAACUGGUCAUUUAUCCUGGCAGACACCUUAUUAACAAUAUUUAAUUACAUUAAUGUCUACAUGUAUGUUAUUUUGUAGAUCUUUUAACUGACUUUUGUUGGGAAGUGUAUGAUUUAUGUCAAGCUCGUACGUUGUGUUUUAAUUUUUUAGGAAUUGUGAGAGGUAAUAGUGAGGUUGAAAUUAAAGUGACUUUUGCACCAAUGGAUUUUUCCACAGCUCAUAUGAAACUUCAGGUGAGAUUACUUAAUGGAUAAUCAUUGCAUUCACUGUUGAUAGCUAUUGUUUGUAAGAUGGAACUCAGAACCUAAGAAGAGCACAAACAUACAUUCUACUGACUAAUAAUAGUUUCCAUUUUUGCUCUUAAUUAUUCUAAUUUCAAAUUGCAUCUGAUAUUCAAGAUUUCUCUAAUUAAAAAAAAAUGACAAUACAUGCCAUUCUUUUGGCUUUAAUUCAGACUGGUGUACCCAUUCUUCAAGACUUAAAUUGCUUGUUGAGUGAGCAUUUGCAAGCUUUUUACUGUUUUUUCUUUUGAAUCCGUAGCUCAUGGUAUCCCAAUUCAAUAUGGCUCCUCUUGUCUGCUCUUUUACUGGAACAUCAGAACCUGGGCUUACAAAGAGGUUUGUUCAUCUUUAGCCUAUAUAUGCCAGCUGAUGAAUAUUCUUCGUCUUACUGGUUUCUAAUAGUUUCUGGAGAUGUUCACAUUUGAUGAUAUUUUUUCACAGUUCCUUUUUAAUAUCACUAACAAGUCUGAACUAUUGACAUGCUAAAUUUUUGGCUUUUUAGGCCAAUGAAAGCAAAUGUACACUUGCAUUAUGACCACAGUAAUUUCAAACCAAUUGGCUUUUUAGGGUUAGGAGAGCUGCUACAUGACCCAGGCCAUUAUGACUGCUUUCUUUUACUUCUAUUUCCAUCUCAGUUAUACCUGUAAGUCUUAUGAGACACGUCAUGUUAGUCAUUUGACUCUCACUCUAAUGUCCCACUACUUUUGGCCAAGGAAUGUAUUGUCAUUGUUUUAGAUUUUUCAGGUUUAAACAGCUGUUGGUAACUAAAAAUGUCAUUUCCUGAUCACAUAGCAAAGCGAUACAAAAGCAAAGUAGUGGCAAUAUUACUUUUGUCACCCACUGUGUUGUUCUAGAAAAUCCAUUUCCACCUUGUGGAGGGUCUUUGGAAAUUUUGGGGGAUAGCGGAGACUUAAAGGCCAAAAUUUUAAGGGAAUUAUUAUCUUUUAAUGUGAAAUUUCCAGGAGUGGUGAGGGGGGAGAUUCACAUUAAUUCACAUUAAUUUUUUUUAAAAUUCAAAUUUUGAGGAGGAGCGGAUACUUAAAGGCCAAAAUUUUAAGGGAAUUAUUAUUUUUUAGUGUGAAAAUUCCAGGGGGUGAGGGAUGGAGAUUCACAGUAAAAAGCCUCUUUGAGAGAGCUUUUUCUGGAACAUCUCAAUUUUUUAAUUUUUUUUUUAUGAAUACCCUUGAAAAUAUUGCAUUUUACAGAUUAAAAUCCAAGGAAUGGACUGAGGAGUUGCCCCCUCUUCUACCCAGUGGAGUGUUGGAUCCACUUUUGAUUGAUCCUCUUGGUAGAACAAGACUAAAGAAACUAAAAACCAGACCGUGGACUCCAGGAGAAAAUAAAACACAGGUGGGUAGAAUAAAAGCAAAUGUGUUUUACAGGCCAUCAUGUCCUUUUGCUGUCUUAUUUGUGGUCAUCUGUACCUGUGGGUACUCCCUAUAAUGGCCUAUAUAUGUAUGGGGAGGCUCUGCCCAAAACGGGUAUCUUUUUCAGGCUUCAGGUAUAUGAAAGGGUAGGGAUUUCACUGGUUAAAGUAUAUAAAAGGCUGUGCUCUAGCAGAGCCUGGUGGCCCGUGGUGCCUAACUUUUGCUCUCAUGUGACUAGCAAAUCUUAGCUUUUUCAAAGAAAUCGUAUGCUGGGCACACCGGAUUUCACAAGUUCACAGCACUGGGCCCCCUUCAAUUUUUUUUCAAUUUUUCUUAGAGCACAGCCGUGUUAGGAAAAUCUGUCAUUUUGGUCUUUAAAAAGGCCCUAAAGAGUUAAUAAAUGAAUUUUAUGGCUGUGGGCGGAGCCGAGAAAACAUUCUGGUUUUAUGAUUUGCUCGUCAGUUUAAGGAAAGUGUGUUUACAGCAGUUCAAACUGGGUACGUAUGUGAAAGGUGUAUCAUUUGUCAAUAGAAGGUAUACGAAAGGGGUAUCUCUGCUGUCAAAAAUGGUACAGUAUAUAAAAAGGUUAGGGGUUGGACCUCAGGGCAGAACCUCCCCAUAUGAAACUUUGUUCAAUAUCCCCCUUUUCCGUAGCAUCUGUAUCACUUGCACUUGGAGGGUAAAGGAGGUACCCUUGCCGUUGGUGACUGUACUAUAAGAUUUUGGUCAUUGGUGUAGUCAUAAACACAACCCACAAAAAUACUCUGCAGACCCUGUCUUUGUUGUCCGUCAACUGAGCUUGUCCCGUGGUAGUUACACUGUACAUUGUACAUUAUCAAGAGAGAAUAAGCUACAUUUUUCUCUCUUGACAUUAUACAUCACGAUGUUUUUUCUCCAGGUACUCCAGUUUCUCCCUCUCCUCCAAAACCAACAUUUACAAAUUGCAAUUCGACCAGGAAUUUGGAAGACGAAGAACCACUUAGUGGAUGUGCUACAACUAACUCGUUAUUUAUUUAUUUAUUUAUUUAUUCAAUAUCAUGAAGCCAGUCCAUAGUAAAUACUAUUUGCGAUUGACUGAUCAUGGCCUUUUUUUUCCUUUUUUAUCCACAGGAAGUGGUCAAAGAUGGAUUGAGAUUUCCUGCUGUGGGUCUUGAUAAUCCAUCAACAGUGUCAUGCAUUUUGCUACAACAACCAGGAAAACUGAAGGCUAAACAAAUAAGAGAAGGUAAGGAGAAGGCAAAGAGUUCGGCUGCCAUCACAGUUUGUUGGCUUUGGGGUAAAGGGAGUGAAAUUCAUGAGCUAUUAAUGUUUUUCCUUGCAGCUGUUCAGGCUCAAAAAGAUGUAACUGGCAGCACAAAACAGAUGAAAGUAAGUGCAGAAAUCUUCCUUAAUGCAGGGUUAAGUUCGUAUGGGUCAUAAAACCUGGAAAAUAAUGAAAUUAAGAAUUUCAUUUUCCAGGCCUGGAAAGCCAUGAAGUUUAAUUGUUGAUUGUGGAAAGUCAUGAACAAUUAAAAUAGAGUACUAAAGUGAUGACGUCAUAAAAAUGAAAUUUGUCUGAAAUUAUGGGAUUUGUCAGGACAUUCUGAAAGAACAAUGUCCAAGAGGCCUACUUGCCAAAAAUGAGCAUUUUGGGGCAAAUUGUCUCUGAGAUCGUAGCCCAGUUAUACUCAGAAAACUCCAUACAAACCCUUCUAAAUUUGUUUUAGGUCGACCCAAAAAAAAUUUAGAAGGGUUUGUAUGGAGUUUUGUAAGCAUAACUGGGCUACGAUCUCAGAGACAAUUUGCCCCAAAAUGCUCAUUUUUGGCAAGUAGGCCUCUGGACAUUGUUCUUCCAGAAUAUCCUGACAAAUCCCAUAAUUUCAGAAAUUUCAUUUUUAUGACGUCACACUUUAGUGCUCUAUUAUGUUUGGUAAGUUAUUUACUACGGACGUCAAAGCAAGGACAAUGUAAGAUAGAGAUGUCGAAUAAUAAUUACGGAUGGCAGAUGUUUUGGUGGACUCCAGCGUUUGUGUCUGUUUAACUGAUUUUGGUAAAAAAAAUUCCCUAAACAAGGAAAGUUUUGAAAAUUUUCGAGAGCUGACAGCUAAACCUAAGGUUGUUGAAAACUUUAAAAGGUCAUGCAAAGUAACUCGACAAGAGCAUAGCCAGGAUUUUUUCAGAGGUGUGCAAAAUUUUCCAAAUCACCAUGCAACCCCCCCCCCCCCUCCCACCCCCUGCCCAAACUCCAAAAUCUGUACCUUGAUUCAAGGCGAGGUUGUGAACCCAAAGAGGCGGCAAAGAGUUUUACAACUUACUUAAAAGUAUAGUGUAAUACUCUUUGUCUCGCUUUUGGGUUCAAUGACUAAAACACGUCAAUGGCUUAUCAUUAAUUGCGCCAACAAACUAGUGGUCAGACUUUUACUUACAAACUAGUGAUAAUGCUACAGUCAUGUACCUAACUUUCGCCUGUGAUCAACACUACAGCAGUCUUGUGUGGUCCAUUCUUAAACUGUUUUUCUUUGCUUUCAUAAGAAAAUUGACGCAAUUACAAAACGUUCCAGUUUUUAUUUUUGUUUGUUUUGAGUCUUUCAGUUACUCAUUACAGAAUCAAAACUUUCCUUCCCAAGUGUAUAGUGAAGGAAUUUUGAUUUACCGCUGUGGUUAAUUGACAGAGAAUAAUGUGGACUUAGCCAAGCCUAAAAAUUUAUAGACUGACCUGUUACAGUGUACAGUGGUUAUUGAAUUUUGAUGGGUGAUGAAUUUGAGCCGGCAACAACACCUUUGAUGUUAGCCGAUCACCCAUUUUGACAGCUGUUAAAUGGAAAGGACAGGAGGGGGUCAUUUGAUUAAGAAAAUACUUUCUCUAAUUCAUAAAUAAUUCAUAAAGAAAAUACAAAGGAAAUUGAUGUUUAAUGAGGGUUUGGAAAUCAGAUGAAAAUGUGCUCAUUUUUGCGUCCUUAAUUUCUCCUUCUAAAAUCAUUUUGUUUGAGAAGUAAUAUCAAGUAAUAUCAAGCACAGUGUUUCAUCACCAGAUGAAACACCUCGAAGUUCGUCAAAAAUACUCCGCUGCGCGUCGUAUGUUCAACUCUCUUCUCAUCUCAUGCUUGAUAAGUAUGUGUAAUCAAAUGGUGACGAGUGAAAUUAUUCCUUAAUUUCACGAGUAUACCAUUUGAUUACCUAUUAAUAUCACGGGUGACGAAUUACGUUAGCAAUCGAGGAUUUUUGACUUGUUUAUCCUGGAUCGUAUCGAUCGAUCGUGAACUCCACUCUCUCAAACGUUUAGAGCUAAAAUUUGGCUUAAGUUUUCAGAAUUUUUCGACAACAUACCUCCAAGAAUCCUUCUUGAUGUGCUCUUUCGUGUGGUCAUGUUUUCUAAAGCGUUUUUUUAUGCCCUGACAUCUUCAUUCAUGAAACGGAGACGUACGGCAUGUUGCCAUGGCAAUUUAGUAAUUUCACAUGUGAAAUUACAAAUUAACGCUGAAAUUUCGCGCCAAAAUUAAGGAGUAGUUCGUCACCUAUGUUAUAAAUUGAGUAAUUUUGAACUUUUCCUCUUAACGUAACUGGUUCUUCUGCACAAGAAAAUAAUGGUAUUGCAUUAAACAGAAACAGUUGUGAGUGAACAAGCCCUCUGGGAAUAUUUGUUAAGUAUUUUAAUUAUCUACUCUUUAAUUUCAUUGCAAAGGAAACGAAGUUUGAAUAUGAAGUCCAUCAAAACAUACAGGAGGAAAGACAAAACCAGCUUAGAUGGUAAGUUACAAAGUCCUCUGCUAAGAUUUUACAUGUUUGUAAGAAAUUUUUAGGGACCUUACGAUCCGACGACGGUGACGGACAUGGCAACAAGAACGGCAAAAUGGCAAUAGGUUUUAAUAAGCAAAACAACAACAUAGCGUGCGAGUAAGCUCCCCGAUUAUGGCGAGCGAGGCGAGUAGCGAGAGAACUCGCGAGCGACUCUCGCGUGACUUCUCGAGAUUCCUCCGAAUGGAGUGCUGGCAAGAAGAACAGCAAAAGAGCAAUAGGUUUUUAUAUGCAAAACAACAACGUGGCCUGCGUGUAAGCUCCCCAUUUAUGGCGAGCAAGGUGAGCAGCGCGACAACGCGCGAGUGACUCUCGUGUGUCUUCUCGAGAUUCCCCCAAAUGGAGUGCUGGUCAGUGCUUGCUCACUGGAUAAACAACAACUCUGCACGCGCAUCACACUAGUUUGUACAUUUCUUUAAGGUCACAGCAAGACUAUGACGUGAAAAUGCCUAAUUUCACAUUUUAUGGAGGACGGAAACUGAACCACAACCAGUUUUUCUUUCUCAUUCUGAACUUGGAUGUGGUUCUUAGGAGUUAAACUCCAGAAGAGUUCGCUAACAUUUUACAAAGUAAUGGAGUUGAAAUAAUCAAAGCAAAGUUUUCGCUGCCGUCACCUUCCUCAGAUCUGAGGUCCCUUUUGACAAGUUACUGAACUGCUGAUGGUUUUAUCAUUUUUUGCCCACCAGAUUAUUUUUUUCUGUUGUGUCUUAAAAGUUCAAAUAAAUAAAUAUUUUCAUGUGCUGUGUCAUGCUGGUUUAUAUGGUAGUUCGUGUUGUUUAUAUCAGGUGCGUGAGGUUAGGUGAAGAUCCAAUGUCAGAUGCUACCAGAAAACAAAUCUGUGAGACAAGAACCUUUACGGAACAAGAAUAUAGGGUAAAUACAAUUUGAUAGCUUUUAAGUUACUUGCCAAAGUGAAACUUGUUGGUAGACUGAACGUGUUCUUACACGAGAGACUCCUCUCACCAAAGUGUCACACCCUUUCUGUUGACACACUAACAUACAAUGCGGAUCAGUUAAGAUCAAACUUUUGACGUAAUAAAUCAUGUACCUUAAUCGAUUUCUUCAAGAACGCCAAGUUAAGCUAGUUUUAUACACUUGCGUUAAGCGAUAUGUUCACUCGGACCAAGAGAAAAUGCGUUCGGACUGCUUUGAGCGUUACGACAACUUUCAAACAGUCCGAAAAUCUGCUAACUGAUGGAGCGCGGUAAAAGGAGACGCAAUCCACAUGCAGCGCGCUCAUUUUCGAAAUGUAAUUCAGGUUAUUUUUCUUAGAUAACGAAAGCUCAAUAUAAAUACCUUCUCUUUAUUUUCUUAAGCAAAAACUUCCAAGAAAAAAAAAUGGUCAUGUGAGAUAAUCACAUAACCAUCACACUUUUACUUUGUAUUCUUUGACCCACACUGCACGACUACGACGUGAAUUUUCCUUAUGCGAGGUUUUAUGGAGGAGGUGAACCUGAUACGACGACGAAUUUUCCUUCUUCUUUUUCAACUUGGAAAUAGCUUUUACUGACGAAUUCACCUCCGGGAAAAGUCACCUAAAAAUCGAGACAAUUUGAGCGAGGCCUAAUAAACUUGAUAAAGUUCAAAGAACGGAAAUUAGUUUUAUAGCGAUGCUUUACCUGUCUUCAUCGUUGUGGCUUCUUUAACUCCCAAUAUUUGAAUCAUUUGAUACUUAUAAUUCGUGUCAGUAUGGGUCUGUCACUAAUUUAACUUGUCCUUAUGAAUUUUACAGCUUAAACGCGGUGAUCCAGUGACAGAAGUGGAGUAUGAUCGAUCGUGCGUUGGCUGUGAGAUGAGGAGAAUACACAGACAGGCUGAUGAAGUAAGUUAUAUUUUCAGUAGCCGGCGAGCAAGCUUUCCCCUUCGAGUAGCGACAGGAGCCGACAACGAAGUGAGCCGCGCGAGAACACACAGUAUAAGUUCUCACGGUAUCCCCCAAAUGAAAAGCUUGCUCGCAGGCUAUAUUUUUGAGGGAGUUAGUACUGUACUACAGUUAUGGUAAAACUUUUGUCGAAACUUUCACCCGGCAUUUAUGGUUAUGUUUUGUUGUUGUUGUUGUUGUUUUUUUUUCUCAUUUUGUUUAGCUUGUUCAAGGCGUUCAGAGCGCGGGUAAAAGAUUGACGAGGGAAAAAAAAAGCGGAGACUAGGGCGAAAAACGUGGGAUCUCUCCUCUCGCUUUGCUUUUCAGCUCUACGAAUACGAUUUGACUCGCUCCCUACCAUAUCAACGCCUGCAUUAGGCCACAUUUUGUACGCUGGAAACAUUCCAACGUCUACUAAAUGCCUGUAUAAAAGUUGCCGUUCUGACGUAAGAUGUGAUUCUAACAUAAUGCCAAACAUAGGAUUGUGAGGGUGUUAGAUUUAUUUCUUUUAAGGUGAGACGGAACAUGGACGAAAACUACCUUAUCUUUCUUAUUGUCCCUAAAUAAUGUACACUUUUUUCUUCAUUGCUUUCACAGAUAGCAGAACACGAGCCCAGAUUCGAUCUUCUUGUGAACGAUGAGUGGAGCAAAAGACACAUGGUGAUACAGAAAUUUGUUCAAGCAGGAAGAAAGGUGAAACAUGCCAGGAUAUGCCAUCACUCUUCGCAUUAACUUCAUCUGGGUCGGUUAAUUUUCAGUCUUCCCUUGUAUUAUUUUUCCCACUAACCUGAUGGACGCCCCAGGCAGGUUCUAACCACAGUAUUUUUUUAAAACGCUUUUCAGGGGCUUUUUCAUCUGAGAAGUACAUUAUUUUUUUACAUUAACACACAGGGUUUUUUUAAACUUUCGAACAUGCGUUUUGUCGGUUGUUCAUCUGGCCCCGGUUGUUCAAACGUUGGAUAGCACUAUCUAGUGGAUAAGUAUUAGGAAAUCCAAUUGCACUAUCCACGGGAUAGCGAUUUAUAUAUCCGGUGGAUAGCGCUAUCCACCUUUUGAACAACUGGGGCCAACAUCCUUAGCUUUUCACAGCUAUCCAUUCUCGACCUGCUCAAUAGUUGCCGACCGUGGCCAAGGAUCAGCUGGUUACGGGUCAGACAGGAAAGAAGAAACAUUUACAAAAAUCAAAACUUGAUUAAACUUUAACUUUACCAAUUGUAUUUUUUUUGUCUGCUGUGCUUGUUUUUUCUCAUGCAAUAUUUGUGAGAUGCAAAAGUCACUGCGUUUGCAGCUGCACGAGCGCGCGAAAUCGAUCGCGCGCGCAGUAGAAACUUGUGCUGCUAUUAUGAUGUCAUAGGUUUUGCUUGUGAAUUCACCGAGCCGAAAGCAUUUGAGAGGCACAAAACUUACUUUGUUUGAAAAGCAGCUUUGCUUUUUUUAUGGUCUUUUUUGCGCUUUCAGACUGAGCCCUGCAGAAAUGUUUUUAGGAUUCAAUGAGACUCAGUUUUUCACCCACAGUAUGCAAAGACAACUGUGUGACUUAAAUGCAUUUUGACGGAGUGGCCUCGAGAAAAUAUGGAGAGUUCUUCACCCUUUCACCCAACCGCUCUUUGGGUUUCACUGUUUCGGUGGAGGUUUCUUCUAAGAUAAGCUUACCUUAAGCUUGACUGAUAUUUAACCUGUUCGGCGACGUUUUCUAUUUCGUUUUAGGUUAUAGUGAGGCUAAGGGCAAGCAAGCAUUUAAAUUCUUUAGGAGAGUUUGUCACGGACUGGAGAAAAGGCAAAUUCACUCGGGAACAUACAAGUAAGUGUUUAUUAACCUGAUGCAAAAGUUAGUUCGUGGAUGCAUUUUAAAAUGUAAAUUGCUUUAAUACAAUGAUAUAAAAAUUGCUAAUAGACUGUACGCGGUUUGUUAUCAAAGAACAAAUUCAGGUCCCGACAAGUAAGCAACAAGUACAGCUUACUUUUAUCGCAUCUUGUAAUUUGUUUAACGUGUAACAUCAUUCUCGCCAUCACCCUAGACAUAUGCUGUACAUUGACUUUGCCCGAAGAAAUCUUAUUUUUCCUUCUUGAAUUUUUGUAUUGUUCACCCAGGUUUGUUUUGUUUUUGUUUUUGUUUUUUUUUGUGUCUAUCUCGCACUGCUUGCGUUUGAGAGUUUUUUCGGUCAUUUCUUUUUAGGAAGCCAACUCGCCGAGAGUGAAGGAGAAAGGUUAUUCGAUGAAGUCGGGGUACCGUUACAAAUUCAGUCUGCGUCUAUCUUCCCGUUUUCGUUCCCUUCUUACAAGUCUCCUGACACGAAAGAUGACAUGGUUAGUCUUACAUAGUCUUACCGAACUCAGUUUUAUUUUGAACAUUGCCUUCAAGUGCGUAAGAAAGAAAGUACUUGACACUAGAGCGAAGGUCCGUAGUGGGUUCAUUCAUAAAGGUUAUGAGAGCCCAUAUAAAGCAAAGCGACUGACAUAAACGUAAACGUCUUGUUUGCACUUAUACCUGAAGGUCGCUUAUAAGUUUUCAAAGUAAGACUCUGCACCGUGGCCAAGAAAUAAAAUGUAUAUUGUGUUUAUUUAAAUGACAUGCCCAAGAAUAACCGUCUGACAGGCUCGUUGGUGUAUUUUUUCGGUACAGAGCUAAAGCAAAAAAUUUUCUGACUGUUAUCAUACUUGUUUUUCAACAGGAUGUCGAUGCCCUUGGUACCUUGAACGUUCAACCAACGGUGGUUAAAGUGAAGACGCAUGUUCCUUAUUAUAAUUUAAAGGUAAUUCCUCAAUGCAAUAUAAAAGAAAAUUGGUUGUUCUUGAAGUUUGUUUGAGAAUAUGAGACACAAACUAUCUGUGAAGUUCCUUUCGAAACGAAGCAAACGGUGGUGCGGUGAUUAUCAAUUAGGGGCACCCAACGACUGUUUCCUGCAAAAUAUCUGUUCCGAGAAGUAGAUAUUGUCUAGAAUUUUCUUUUAGUUUAGGACAGCUAAAAAUUUCUAGAUGACUGUUCCAUUCAUGUGCAGUUUUCGAAGAUUAUGUAAUAAAUCCCCUACGAUUUUCUAAAGUUUAAUUUUUCACAUUUCACUCCUCAGGUUAGGGUAUUUUUCGUCGAAAAACGAAAUCUAAAACUUUCGGAUUCAAAAAUUUGAUGAAGAGAGCAAUUAAUAAAAUUCUCAUUGUCGUAAUACGUUGAAUUGGAUCUAAAAUUUUUUAGAAUGUAAGACUGAAGCCCUUGUAAUUUCGAAAAGACUCAAGUUCCCCUAGGAUGACCGAACUGAUACAAAUUUUAUAGCUCCGCUGAGAAUCGUGAAUGCAUUUCUAGAGAUCUAAAAGUACUCUGAAUAGCCUAAAAAGUGUUUUCAACCUAUUAAGGAGAAAGUCGUUGGGUGCCCUUGUAGUCGUCGGUCUUUCAGUUUCGGGUGAGGGAAAGUUUGCAAAUCUAUCUUAAAAAUUUAGGCGAAUUUUAUUUGGGAUACAUUGGUAUACUUUGCAUUCAUGGCGACUAUGAUUGCAAAGAGGAAAGGUCCUCAACUCGCAUCUCCGUCUUGCUUAUAUUAAAAACAGGACCUGUCAGUCUCAAACCUCACUUUGAUGUCAAAUUCAUGUUAUGACUCUGAACUCGAAUACAUCACUAGACUUCGUGAAAGCUAGCCUCCCACUCAGGCGUUUUUAGGGGAGCUCUUUUUUUGUGGGCAGGGAUGAAAAACGAGCUCCCCUAAAAACGCCUGCGUGGAAGGCUACGUGAAAGCUCUCCAUUUGGGGGAUACGAGAGAAGUCAUGUAAUACCGAACGCGAAAGGACACGUGAGUGCGUGGGGCGCGUCCUCUCGCGGCUCGUUUGCUCGUCAUAAUUGGAGAGCUUGCUCUCUGGCUAGUAUGUUCGUUGCUAUGGUCCCUCUGUUUUUUAAUUACGUCAUUAUCGAGAGAGGCUCGCGUCGCACGUGCGUCACGCCUAGUCCUUAGGCUGCCUGCAAACGGACGCAACAACUCCCAACAUUGUUGCGCCAAUAAUGUUGCGUCCGUUUGCACGCAGCCUUAUUACGUGUAUUUGUAACAAUUACAUAACGUCCAAUCGGAAAAUAUUUAAAUAAUCACAUAAGAGAAGUUAACUUAGAUUUCAAAUUUCUUUUUCAGGUACCUAAGCGGUAUGAAAUCUUGGGUUACAAUCCUCAUUCCGUAGCCGAUGCGUCAUCUGGAUACGUCCCACCAAAGCUGGUUCGCCCCUUAAGAGUUCGCGCCGAGGUAAUGUGAAACAUAUUGUGACGUACACAACAGCCUCCUUAAGCUCUCUUAAGCCCCGCACAAACGGACGCAACAUUGUCGGCCAACAACUCCCAACGAUGUUGGAUGUUACAUGUUGUGUCCGUUUGCACACCCUGUUGCAUGUUGUUGCGUGUUAUUGAGAGUUUUUGCGCAAGGUUUGAAACCGGUUAAAGUUUUGAGCCAACAACUGUCCAACAUUUCUUUUGUUCAGUGUUAGCCGAAGCAUGGCGCAACAGGGUUGGAUCCAAUUGCACAGCUCUUCCAACAUUGUUGGGGCCACGCACGCGCAUUACACAUGCUCUCCAAAGUGUAAUGGGUUGUAUCCUUUCCACGAUGCACUGCAGGUCCCAACAUUGUUGGACCGACAGUGUUGGGAGUUGUUGCGUCCGUGUUGGCAGUGGCGUGAAAACGGAUGCAACAACUCCUAACAUUGUUGGACCAACAAUGUUGGGAGUUAUUGUGUCCGUUGCACGUAGCUUCAGGCCUACUAUGCACUCAGUUGGGCAACGUCGAAACUGCUGCAAUCGUUUACCAUUAGACAACCGUUUAGAAUUUUUAAAUCACAUUUGUCUGUGGUUUUGCGUCAGACACAGCGGUGGAGACGUGAGCGAUUUGGGGUAACCUUAGGGAGUUUUUCGCACAUUUUUUAGACGGAGAAACAGACGCGUGAAAAGGCUAACUGUGUAUUUGCAGUAGUGAUGGGCUACUGGUAUUUGUUAUGAUUGUAGUUUCCCUGUAACUCCUAGCUUCGUUUUAAACUUUUUUUUUUACCUAAGCUAAAGCUUGAAAAAAAAAAUUCAGCCUCUAGAAAACUUAGUUUAUCAGUCUUCGCAUGUUCUGAAUUGUCACCUUUUUUAUUUUUAAUCCUUUACAUCUUCAUUAAGUUAAGUUUGAUGAAACGUAAACUUUUUUUUCAGGACGAGAUAAUAAACUUGGUCAGCAGUCUUCCUCUAACGUCAGUGAAAAGUCCCAGUCCUGUCCCGACAACAGACGGUGGAGAGGAGACUAAGGAAGAGGCUGAGGGUGACAGAGCUGCGAGUCCUCAAAUGGCAAGCCCUAUAAUCGCCACCCCGCAUGAGGACCUACCUACACAGGAGCAUGAAGCAGUACCCCUCGUGGUACCCGCGGCACUUUUUAGACCCACCUCGUAUCACCCCAUGCAUAUUUUUGUGAGUAGUUGCUAUUAUUUUUUAUCGCACAAAUACAGAGAAUUAUACACGUGAAAGAUCAUGGCAGUUUAAAUAUUUAAAAUCAUAGAUUCACUUUCUUAUUUUUAUCUUCUACGGGUUUAAUACGAUCAAAGUGCCCGCUCUCAGUGCUACAAGGACAGUACCAAUUUCCCGGACGUUAAAUCACCGUCCACCCUCUUUUUUUUUUCAGGUUUUUUGUUUGCAAAUUUCUAAGUUGCCGUGACAUGACUGAGAUGAACUGUCAGGUGUUUUAAAAAUCUUCCUCCUGCGGUUCAAAUACCCGAAAUGAUCUAUUAAGCCUCGCUCUCGAAUAAGCGCAGCACCUUUACCGAAAAUAACUUAAUAAGCGGUGCUCUCGAAUAAGCGCUGCGGUGGUAAUUUUGGUAUUAACAAACUAACGCCCCACCUUUGUUACGGCGCUUGAUAUCGCUUGAGAAAUAAGACCUCUGCCAACUCGUGAGCUCUAAAGUUUUAAUGUAGGGAAACUCUUGAAACCAUGUUCAUAUAACAGUUCAAAGUGUACAUAUUUUAUACUUAUUUGUACAUACCAAGUAUGGGCCUCACUUAAUUCUCUCUAUAUUUCCCUCGGGGUUUAGACUGCAAAACAGUCCGUAUUUUUGCGUAUUCAAGUACGCGCGAGCAGUCAAACAAAAGGUGUGGAACGAGGCUGAAAACAGAGAGCAAGACUGGGGAGAGACGCUCGCACGGUUCGCGCGCGUAAGACUCUUACGCCACGCUUUACAGAUUUCUUUACUGAUUUUGAGGAAAAAACAGACUGUUUUGCAGUCUACUCGGGGUUUUAUCAGUAGUUGAAAUAAGCGCCGCUCUCGUAUAGGCGCCACACCUAUAACUGGGAAAAUGAAAUAAGCGCCGCGGCGCUUAAUCAAUCAUUUACGAUACACUGAUGAAAUUUCUUACAUAGUAUUUGCUUUCACACGGAGUUGUAUGAUUUAACGCAUUGAUAAAACUGUAAAACAUUUAUAAAAAUGUCCUUACAGCAAUCAAUGUGCUGUACGUUGUAACCACAUCCAUAGAGAAACAAAACACAGGCAACGUGGUAUUGAAAUCAUUCUUUCUAUUUUCUGGCGGUCAGACCCACUGGCAAAACAAGACAAGAGCGAGUAGCCAUCACAAGCAAAGAGCAGUGUUUUCUUUAUUAUAAACCCUCUUUUCCUGGACAAGUUUUUUGUAAAUUAAUUAACGAUUAUUUUUGCUCCACAGAAUCCCGCACCUGGCCUUCAAGUAUUUAAACCGCCGCUACCUUACGCAGAAGUGGAUGAAGAUUAUCACCUGUGUCCCCUGCCUCGCAACAGGACAACAGGGAAACCAGGAAAACAGGGCAGAAAAUACCUUGAAAGACAGGUGAAUCAAUCUUGUUCCAACCAAAAAAAAAAUAUGUUUCCAAUUUCCAAAGAUACUGGAUGGUAGGUACAACUGAGUUUUGCAGGUAAUUAAAACAGACUUAGAGAGAUAUUUGAAACAAAUCUAGUUUGAGGCUUUCAAGAAAGUUGGUGAUCACAUUAUUAAUGAGAAAACCGUGGAAUUAAGUCACUACAACUAAUGCUUGCUCUCAGUGGAGGGACGUUAGCUUUAGCAUUAACACUAACGAUAACUUAAGAAAACUGAAGAAGCGUAAGCAGGAGUCAAUUGAAGAAAUUUUUACGAGUGUAAUUUAAACUUGUAGCCAUUGGUUUUGAAAACAAUACCUAUACUUUUAAAUUACACUUUUUAAAAGUAUUGUUAAUUGUACCUCAACGUUCACGAUAAAAAAAAAUAAUGAAAUGUUUUAUUUAAAAUUUUAUAAAGAGCAAACAAAAAUCUUUUCUCUUCAGGAUGUUAUUCCUGGCGUCAUGACUUGGAAACGGUUUCCAUGCCAACCUCUGGUAUCCAUGGCAACAAAUCCCACGCUAUCAAAUGUUUGGAUUCCUCGAUGGUAAGUGUAUAUGCGAUUUCUCUUAUAUAUAUAAAUUUUUGUUUCUUCUCAACAGAGGGUUUAAAGUGACUAUCAAAAGAAGUUAUCUACGAGCAGGGUUUUUACCUGUACCGGGAACAGAUGACGUACUUGAAGUACGUGUCUUGCAAAACCUCGCGACCUGGAAAAAAUAACUGCGUUUUUUUUUCACCGUAGGACUGAUCCGUUCAGUGAUGAUCUGUUGCCAACUGAGGUCCCAGCUUUGUUGACUGGUCUCCCUGAUGAGGAUAUCAUGAGUGAUGAUGAAAUGUAAGUCAGAUGUAUUACUGGAUUUUGCGUAGUACCCUACACAUCCCCCGACUUUCGUUUUUCGGACACGUGGCUACCAAGGACAUCUCACAGACUAGCUAAAUUCUAGGCAAAACCGGAUUACAGGCAUUUGACUGAAAUUAAUUCCUAUUCUUACGGAUUCUCGCAAUUAAGGUAAAACCACUAACUUACGGCCCCGAAGGUGUCUUUACAUGAGGGCGGCGCCCUGCUAUACAUGUUAGAGUGAUUUACCAACAAAACGGGAACGACAGUCGAAGACGGAAAAGCGCGCAGAAGAAACUAAACUCGACUUCCGGUGCUCAAUUUGUCACGCAACGUCACGCAAUGCUCUGGAGCAGCGUUGCUUGACGAAUCAAAGGACCACUGAGAGUUCACAUUGAUAAUACUAACAGCAUCUCAGCGCUUGAACACGUUCAGACUUAAACCAUAUGGGCAAAAGUGCGUUAGAUGAGAUCUGGUUCACUUUAGUGCAACUUGACUUGAGCGUAUUUCGGAAAGUAUGGACAAGUAAGUAUAUACUAGUAAGUAAGUAAUUGGCUCUAUAACAGGGUUUCCACAUUGUGGCUCUUCAUCUGUUACUUCAUCUAUCACUUACUUAGGGACGAAGAGGGAGCUGACCCUGGUUUCAAGGAGAUCCCAGUCCCCACUCCCGAAAUGGUUCGAGCCCAGUUUCCCACGGCGGAAAGCAUUGUGAGCGAGCAAGAACAGCAAGUGACAUCACAGCUGAGGUAAGCUGUUUAUCUCGAAAAAUCUUUUUACUUUUCAGGAACGUCUUUCUCUUUUUAAACUCAGUUUAAUGUUGCUGUUCGUUAUUUUUGUAGUGAAAUGAUGCUACACACAGGUGGAACUACAAAGAUGUCAGCGGCUGCGUCAGCGGCGGUAACCGCAACCUUUGUUCCAAGGUACUGCAGGCUUAAAUACUUCCCUAUAGACUUAAAAGAAUUCAACCACACCUGUUAGCUGCUCCCCCCCCGCCCCCCGCCAAAAAAACCUAAAUAAAAAUCUAAAGGAAAUAAAGGGAGAUGUAAAGAAUCAACCAUAAGAGGACAAAGAAAAAAUCUGAGCCCCAGAUGGGAUUCGAACCCACGACCCUCCGUGUUCUAGAUAGGAUGCUCUAACCUCUGAGCUACUGAGGACUCGUUGGCGAGCAAGCGGCAUGGUCUAGAACACGGAGGGUCGUGGGUUCGAAUCCCAUCUGGGGCUCAGAUUUUUUCUGUGUCCUCUUAUGGUUGAUUCUUUACAUCUCCCUUUAUUUCCUUUAUAAUAUUAAUAUCAGUGGCAUAAAUAAAAAUAAGAUAAAAAUGAUAAAACCAUAUUUAGAUAGAUUAGGAGCACUGCACUAAACUGCAGGUCCCGGUUGUUUAACUUUGGAUAGCGCUGUCCACCGCCGGGAUAAAUCACUAUCCAUCCGAUAAGUUUUAGGGAAUCCAAUUGCGUUAUCCACUCGAUGGAAAUUUAUCCAGCAAAUAGCGUUAUCCACCUUUCGAACAACUGGGAUCAGGAGGUUAUCGACCUUCAAACUGUCAUGUUAAACUGUAUAUGCGGAACUGUAAUUGAAUUGGUAUGGUAAAUGAAUGCUUUGGAGAGUGUCAAAAGGUUGUAAAGUCUGUCCUCAGAUCUCAGCUAAGAAUUGCUCUGUUGAGAAGCAGUAGUUAUUUCCAGAAAUGCAGGCUACCGAGAUGCUUGAUAUUUUAUGAUAGUCACCACAAAGUGUCCUCGUGAUUAAUGGAUCAACAAAACCCAAAAUAGGCCUUUUCCGAGUUCCAGUUUCUUCUUUGAACUUUGAUGCACUCUUUUAGAAUUCAACUCCAAAAAAUCUUCCCAUUAUUUGACGAAUUCAUCGAGAUGGAAUAUUACAAGCGCGAUAAAGUUUGAGGCAGCGCGAAUUUACUUUGUAAGUGACGUUUUUGCAGCCGUCGCCUUCGUUGUUGCUUCAGCUCCUCACUCUCACUUUGAAAACGAGGCCAAGUGCAAAAUUUUUCCUUUGAAAAUAAGUUUUAUUUGCAUGAGAAAUAAAAAAUCAUUUUCAUAUCAAUGGCUUUGUACGUAUCCUCGCUUUGAAACAGGGUUUGGAGCAGCUCGGAAAUUGUCAUUUCUGUUAAGUAGGGAGUAAUAAGAAAAUACCAAAUACAGCUUCCUUGAAAGUGGUAGCAAUAUUACUUUUCCGCACUUGCACAGUUCAAAAGAAUUUUUUUUUUGCUGUGUGCUACAAAAAGUCUUGCACUGUCUUUCUCGUGCGGCCAGGAUUGCUUUUGGGGUUGCUUUGAUGAAAUAAAUAUACAUUUUUAGAGUUAAUGUGUUAUGAUUGUCGUUUUUCUCUUUAUUGUAACUGUAUUAGGAGGUAAUUAGUUUAUAUCAUCUUAUAUCUAUGUUAAACCAUACAUUUGUCUAGUUCUAUUUUUUUCUCUUGUUGUAGUCGUAUAUUUACUGUUUAGGUAUUGUUUUUAUAUGUGUAUUUUGUAUUGUUGCGAAGGCCGUAAGUUAGAUAACUAUUGGGUUAUUACGUCACCUUCAUUAAAUAAAGAAUAUUGUAUUGUAUUGUAUUGUUUGCGUCAUUUGGUAACGAUAAAUCAGAACAUUCUCGACACAAACUGAACUGUAGAAAGUUGUAUAAAAAUAGAACAUGGCCACGAUAUGGAUUGUUUCUUUAUUUUGCAGGGAAAAGCGGGAAAAAGAGCUAAAUGAAUUCUUGAAGCAGCGACAAAACAGACUUGGAUUAAGAAUCAAACAACGGAUACAGUCCAUCAAUGAUGCCAUGACUUCGCCUAAUCAAGAACUUAAAUAAAACGCGGAAGCGCAUUUAAAAUGUCUUUUCAUGUUAGAACGAGGUUAUUUUGGCUGAUCGAUGCGCAUUUGCUUGCAGUUACCCGUAAUUGUGGUUUUUUGGCAUAGGCAUGUCUGUCCUCGUUAUUGUGUAAAGGGGGGUUUCUUUGCAUGGACUUUAUGCAACUGUAAAUAUCAGGGCUGUAUGUACCGUCGUUGCCUUGCUUUUGUUUAAAGGUUUUGUUGCAUGGACGUUUAUAUGCAACUUGUAAAUAUUAUCUUAGGGUUGUAUAAUUAUUAUUGUAAAAAGCGUACACUCGUUGACAAAUUUCAUUUCAUUCGUGGGUUUGGUAUGACACUCAGUGUCAUUUCAUAAUUUAUAUUCGCAUUACAGACAACAGUGUAUUGUACAGAAAUUAAAGCAAC